UUUGUGUUGUUUAAAGAAACCUCCAACUCCAAGCGGGCAGCUGAUAAAAGAAAGUCAUAUUCAUAUGUUUGUUUUGUUCAUACUCAAUCAUAAUUUCUAAUCAAGGUACGUAAAAUGUCUUAUUCCAGCAAGAAAUACGAUGUCUUUGUCAGCUUUAGAGGCGAGGACACUCGGUAUGGCAUCACCAACCUUAUUUACGAUGCUCUGAUUCAUAAAUCAAUAAAAACAUUCAUAGAUUACGAGCUCAAUAGAGGAGAAGAUGUUUGGCCAAAACUUUCCAAAGCUAUUGAAGAGUCACACAUCUCCGUCGUUGUUUUCUCUGAAAAUUUUGCAACCUCAAAAUGGUGUUUGGAAGAACUGGUGAAAGUGCUGGAAUGCAGAAAAGACCAUGGUCAAGUUGUUAUACCUGUUUUCUAUAAAACAAAUCCGUCUCACAUAAGAAAUCAGACUCAUAGUUAUGAGAAAGCAUUUGCAAAACACGAGAGAGAUCUUGGGACCAAAAGUAAUGCAUCCAAUAAACUUAUAGUGCUUAAGUGGAGAUCUGCCCUUACUGAAGCAGCCACUAUAUCUGGAUGGGACACUCAUACUCACAAGGAUGAAUCUAACCUCAUCCACAAAAUUGUGAAUGAUGUAUUGCAAAAGCUACAACUGAGGUACCCUAAUGAACUAGAAGGCGUUGUGAGAGACGAAAAAAACUGUGAAUGUGUGGAGUCAUUAUUGAAAAGUGUUCAAAUACUUGGAAUUUGGGGCAUGGGCGGUAUGGGAAAGACAACCAUCGCCAAAGUCUUGUUUGCCAAACACUUUGCUCAAUAUGACCAAGUUUGCUUUGCUAAUGCAAAAGAAUAUUCAGUCAGUAAGUUAUUCUCUGAGCUACUAAAGGAAGAAUUUUCUCCAUCUGAUGUUGUAAUAUCUACAUUUCAUAUGAGAAGGCUGAGAAGUACCAAAGUUUUGAUUGUACUUGAUAAUGUGGACAGUUUGGAUCAAUUUGAAUAUUUAUGUAGAGAUUAUGGUAAGCUACAUAAAGAUAGUAGACUCAUUAUAACAACAAGAGACAGACAAUUGCUGAGAAAACGAGUUCAUCGGAUAUAUGAGGUCAAGCAAUGGGAAGAUCCAAAAUCUCUAGAGCUUUUCUGCCUUGAAGCUUUCGUGCCAAGUCAUCCCCGAGAGAAGUAUGAGCAUCUCUUGCAAAGGGCGGUCACUUAUGCAGGGGGCGUUCCACUGGCCCUUAAAGUUUUUGCUUUACUUCUUCGUUCAAGAGAGAUUGAAUUUUGGGAGAGUGCUUUUAAGAAACUUGGUAAGCAUUCUAAUGCGACAGUGCAUGAAGUUUUAAAAUUGAGCUAUGAUGACUUAGAUGCACUGCAGAAGAAGAUAUUUCUAGACAUAGCAUUCUUUUUCAUAGGAGAAAAGAAAGAUUGUGUUGCGAGGAUACUAGAUGCUUGUGAUUUCGAAGCAAGUAGUGAAAUAGUAGUCCUCAAAGACAUGGCUUUGAUAACUAUCUCAAAUGACCAUACAAUUCAAAUGCACGAUUUGCUACAAAAAAUGGGUUCGGACAUAUGCAAUGAUCGUGGCACGGACCCUGCAACACAUACCCGACUGAGUGGAAGAGAAGCUCUUGAUGUAAUUGAAGAAAACAAGGGGAGUAGCUUCAUUGAAGGCAUAAUGUUGGAUUUGUCUCAAAAUAAUGAUUUAUCUUUAAGUGCCGACACAUUCAGCAAGAUGAAAGGCUUAAGAAUUCUUAAAUUCUAUGCACCCUCUAACCAGAGUUGUACUACUACAUACCUCGACCUUCCCGAAUUUCUUGAGCCAUUUUCAAAUAAACUCAGGUAUUUUGAAUGGAAUGGAUACCCUUUUGAGUCUCUUCCAAAACCUUUUAAGGCUAAGUUUCUUGUUGAGAUCCGCAUGCGGUACAGCAUUGUUAAAGAACUCUGGCAAGGGAUACAGGAAUUUGAUAAAUUAGAGGGAAUUGACAUGAGUGAAUGCAAGCAUUUUGUACAGCUUCCAGAUUUGUCUAAGGCGUCAAGACUUAAAUGGAUUAAUCUCUCUGGUUGUGAGAGUCUGGUUGAUCUUCAUCCGUCUGUUUUAUGUGCAAACACACUUGUUACUUUGAUACUGGAUAGGUGUACAAAGGUUAGAAGCGUUAGAGGUGAAAAACAUUUAAGUUUUUUGGAGGAGAUCAGUGUGGAUGGGUGCACAAGUUUGGAGGAAUUUGCAGUGUCCUCGGAUUUAAUUGAAAACUUGGAUUUAAGCAGUACAGGAAUCCAAACACUGGACCUAUCAAUUGGUUGUCUUCCCAAAAUUAAACGACUUAAUCUAGAGAGUUUAAGACUCAGCCAUCUUCCAAAGGAGUUACCUAGUGUGAUAUCUCUAAGGGAGUUGAAGAUUUCUGGCAGUAGACUAAUAGUUGAGAAACAACAGCUACAUGAGCUGUUUGAUGGCUUACGAUCCCUACGAAUACUACAUAUGAAGGAUUUUGUUUUUGUAAACCAGUUUGACCUCCCCAACAACAUCGACGUUGUAUCAAAGUUAAUGGAAUUAAACCUUGAUGGAAGCAACAUGAAGAGGUUGCCUGAAAGCAUUAAAAAGCUUGAAGAAUUGGAAAUUUUGUCUUUGGUGAAUUGCAGGGAGCUUGAGUGCAUACCAGAGCUUCCACCUCUCAUCACAGUGUUAAAUGCAGUUAACUGCACAUCACUCAUUUCAGUGUCAAGUCUAAAAAAUUUAGCAACAAAGAUGAUGGGAAAAACCAAACACAUUUCAUUCAGUAACAGCUUGAAUUUGGAUGGACAUUCACUUACCCUUAUAAUGAAAAGUCUCAAUUUAACAAUGAUGAGUGCUGUGUUUCAAAAUGUGUCUGUAAGAAGACUUCGUGUGGCCGUUCACAGCUACAAUUAUACCAGUGUUGAUACUUGUGAACCAGGAACAUGUAUCCCGAGUCUGUUGCAAUGUCAAAUAGCUACUGACUCCUCCAUUACCUUUAAUUUGCUUCCUGAUCAUUCCAACCUGCUAGGAUUCAUAUACUCAGUGGUUCUUUCUCCAGCUGGUGGAGAUGGAACGAAGAAGGGUGAAGCUAGAAUAAAAUGUCAAUGCAACUUGGGAGAACAAGGUAUAAAGGUUAGCUUGCUAAAUACUGAUUGCACAGAACUGAACUCGGAUCAUGUUUAUGUGUGGUAUGAUCCAUUCCAUUGUGACAGCAUUCUCAAAUUUGAUAAACCUGAGAUUUGUUUUGAGUUCUGUGUUACAAACGAUAUGGGGGAAGUUGACGGUUCAAUUGGUAUUAAAGAGUGCGGGGUACGACUUGUAGGUGUCGAAGACUUGGAGAGUGUUUUACUGGAAUUGGAAUUGGAUUCACCAAGGAAAGAAGAGUUGAAGAAGGCAGUUGAAUUAGAAUCAGGACAUAGUAUAAUCUUUAAGCCACUUGAAGAUCUUUCCACAAAUAUCACACAAGUCCCCUCCCACUCUGAAUUAAGUUACACAUGUGGUCAUGAGGAGUCAGCAUGCGGUGAGGAGUCAAGCAGUGGCCAAGGUACCCAGGUACAAAACCAAGAGUUGGCCUUGAACAAAAAAUGCGACUUUUCAUGUGACUUCUUAAUACGUCCAUUGAAGUACUUGUGGAGAUUGAUUUGCAGCUGAAAUUGGGCGUGACAGAGCGAGCAACAAGAUAGUAACAUGAAGAUAAUAUGCGAACUUUGGAUUCUGGUUACAGUUACAGCAUGUUCGUGACCACAUCUAGAACAACAAUCUUGCAUCCGAAGACCUAUUUCACAUGAUUUUCAAAAGCAGGAAACAGAAGAGUUUGAAAGUGAUUAUCUAUUUUUUCCAAACGCGAACUUAGUCUCUUACUUGCAAAUAGUACUCAUCCUUGAAGCAAGUAUGCAGCUGAUAAACAUUGUUUUCGUUUUUCGAUUUGAUCACUGAAAUCAUGCCAUUAGAGGAUUUUAAUUUUUAAAAUAUUAGUAUUUCACUUUCUAUGUACUAUGUGUUUACCAUAUGUUAAUUUGGGUUCUAGUGACUUCGUAAAUUGUAGCUUUUCCUUUUUCAAAAGAAGCAAAGUUUAUAGUA